UUCGUAAAUACUAUUUAUAAACCCUUGUUGGCGUUCGCUCAACGACAGAGUAGCUGGGAAAAAUUGCAGUGCAGCAGCAGCAGCAGCAGCAGUCACAAAUCAACGCACGAAGAACGAAAAACGAGCCCAGAAAAUCACAGAUCGACAAAUGGCUUCGAGGGUGGCUCUAAAGGCGGGGAAGGGGAAGAACGUGAAGAAAUCGGCGGCGGCGGGCGAGGAUGAGGGAUCGGUGGCGGUGGCGGCGAAGUUCGUCAAGGAAUGGAGCACGUGGACCAUGAAGAAGGCUAAGGUCAUUACUCACUACGGUUUCAUACCAUUGGUCAUCAUCAUCGGCAUGAAUUCCGACCCCAAACCAUCUCUCUCUCAACUCCUCAGCCCCGUCUGAGAACAAUUGAUUCUGUAAUUUGAGGUUUUGAUGUUGAGUUUCUUCUUCUUCUCCCUUCUUCGUUAUGUGUUAUCAGUCGAAUUUACAAUUAGGGAUUUCGAUUUUACGGUUAGGGAUUUUGAGCUAGUCCUCUUUGAUUUCAUGUAUUGGAUCUGUGCGCGUGUUUUCCAGAUGCUGGUUAUGAUGUGCCCUAAUAAAUACAUUUUAUUUCGGUGAUUGAUUAUAAAUGUUCUUUCUAA